AUGAUGAACUUCUACAAGAUCUUCCUCGCCAACCAAUUCACCUACUUCUCCCUCUGUCCCCUCAUCAAAGUCUCAAUCGUUUGCUUCUACCGCCGCAUUUUCACCACCCGAACCUUCCAAUGGACCUCCUUCAGCAUCAACACCCUCAUAAUCCUCUGGGGUCUAGGCGUCUUCCUAGCCUGCGCUCUCCAAUGCCGCCCCCUAAGAGCCUACUGGGACCAAAGCGUCGACGGCCAAUGCAUAGACGGCUACACCCUGAUCGUCGUCAACCAGAUAUUCAACGUGUUCAUGGAUUUCGUCCUCCUCGCCCUCCCCAUCCCCCUCAUUUGGGGUCUCCACCGCGCCUGGCAAGACAAACUCGCCAUCAACGGCGUCUUCGCUCUCGGUGGCUUCGUUUGCUUCGCGAGUAUAUUCCGCGUUGUGGUCCUCUUCUGGAUCAAGGAUUCAGACAUGACGUAUACCGUCUAUCAAGCUACGCUUUGGACGCAUAUUGAGCCGUCUAUUGGGCUUAUCUGUUCUUGUUUGCCGACUAUUCGAGGCUUGUUUCCGAGAGGAAAGCUCGGGAGCAAUAAAUCUCAUAAAUAUCAAAAUGAGGUGCCAUAUUAUGGGAAUACGGAUGUCAGCACCUCGAACUUUGUGGCUACGGGUCGCAAGACGCCCACUGCGGAGUCUAUUAAGUUGGAGGAUGGUGCCCCGAGAAGGUCGAAUUCGAGUGAAGGCGGGCUGCCGUCUAGUGUUAAGAGUAAUGAUACUAGCUGGUUGGAUAUAACUGUCCGCACGGAGAUUGAUGUCAGGCAAGAUGAUCUGCCGCGGUAUUUCAGAUGA